GAGAUGUAGUGAUUUGUCAAUUACCUUGGAGGAAUCUUCUGCGAUUAAUAUUUAGGUAUAUUUGACGUGGGUGUCUAUUUUUUGGAUAUGUUCAAUCUUUGAAAAACUUAAGUUGAUUUCAUACUCUUAAUUUGCUGUUAGCAAUUUCCUGGUUAUCAGAUGGGAGCACCUGUGGACCCUCAAAUGGGUGGACCAAUGGGUCCUCCAAUGAAUCCACGGAUGAGGCCUCAAAUGGGUCAUCAGAUGGGAGCUCAGAUGGGAGCUCAAAUGGGACCACAAAUGGGCACCCAGAUGGGACUACAAAUUGGAGCAUUUCCUUCAAAUGUACAAUUGGGUCAUCAGUUUCCUAAGCAGCAACAGAUAAGGAUUGAUCAGCAAAGGAAGCAAGCUGAAGAAAACAUGAAGAAACAGGAGGAAUUGAUGAAGAAAAAGCAACUUGAAGCUAAACAAUGGAAAUUACAGCAGUCUUUCAGUGCCAAAAAAGCUACAAGUACAGAUGCUUUAGAUAGUUUGUUUGGCAAAAACAAGAAGGGUGGAGGCUCAUCGAUGACAGAUUUAAUUGGGCCUCUUGGCAAGGAAACAACUCCAAAAUCUGCUGCUACAAAAGCAACAAGCAUUUUUUCUAGACCAGGAGGCAGUGUUAGCCAUCAUUCAAAUCUCACUCCUGGCCAGUGGGGUUCAGGGUUCAUGACAUCAGGAUCUAUGACUCCUCAGGGGGGUCCAGCAAGUGGACUGUCAUCUCAACAAACUGGUGACACAGAUGACUUUGGUGACUUUUCACAAGGUCCAUCUUUUCCAGGCCAGGGAGGCAAUGACGGAGUCUUCAGUGUCUUUCAAGAGGCGGGACAACCAACAGGACAGUUUGGAGGAGGUUCCUUUGCUGCCAUGGGAUCCAGUGCUAUGCCAACCUCUCCCAAUGUCAGUGGAGCUGGUAAUGUGUUCUCUCAAGCCCAGGCAUGGCAUGGUACCAACUUAGAACAGUCCAAGAACAUUCCUGCUGCUGGUACAUCCACUGUAACUCAGCACAGCAGUUUUCCAGUAACACAAAAUAUGUCAACCCCCCCAUCAAUCCAAGGUGCACAAACAGCAUCAGGUAAUAUCAUGGCAAAUGUUGGUGCUCCCACGUCAGUGCCAUGGGUUGGACCGUCCAACAUUACUCCAGGAAGUCAAAUUACCCAUUUUCCAGAUGAUAGCUCCAGACACCUAGCUGGUAGCAUACCAAGUGUACCUAAUCAAGGGGGUCAAAUGGCCCAAUUUGCAGGUGACAUCUCUAGAACUAGGACUGGUAGCAUACCAGAGAUGAUGUCUAAUGUUGCCAGGAAUGUACCAAAUGCAGGAGUAAUGCCGCAGCCAGGGAUACCUCAUAAUCAGGUUAACAUGGGAAAUCAAGGAGGUAGUAACUUCCCCUUGGGUAUUCUGCCUGCUACUGGAAGUUUGCAUCAGCCAUCCACCAUGGGCCCUUACGGAGGUGGUUUUGGAUCAGGGCCUUCCCACCCUGGUGCAGUUCCUGUACCACCUAAUGAAGAGCCUAGCAUGCAGCUAGGGCCUGACAGAAGCAGCAUGCCAGCCACACCAACAGACUCUACCCAGGAACCAGAUCCUGAACUGGAAGACAGCCCUGAGAGAAAACUAGAGUUGCUCUAUGGUGUAACCCUCCCUGAUUGGUGUGUACAUGGCACAGAUCUACCAGGAAUUUAUAAAGAAAUCGCAGAGAAGACAACUGAUGCAUGUGAUGCCAUUGACACCAAUCGGUUGUUCCCUAUUCUCAUGGCUUCCAGUCUCCCACGUGACCAACUUGGCCAUAUUUGGAACAGAGCUAACCAAGCAGUUCCAGGCCAGCUGAACCUGUUAGAGCUACGAAUUGUACUGGGAUUGGUUGCCCUAGGGCAGGUGUGUUCCCCAGUAUUAUUAGUAAAAUAUUUGGACACUAAAGGGCGUGGUUGGAGCUUCUCUGAGCAGUCGCAUGGUGGAUCUCAUAGCAGUGGAAUGGCCGAGGGAAGUGCAUCAAGGGGCCGUGUCAGCAGUGUCUCCAGUGAUCAUUCUGUCGACCCUAAUGAUAAAUAUAGUGUAUUCAGAACUGUGGAUCAACCUGAAGUAACUAGCAUUGCAGUUACUCCUUCUAUGGACAAGAAUGACAGAUUUGGAGGAUUCCAGUCGGGUGAUCAAUCUGCUAUGAAAACUGAGCCUCCACCUGGUGAAGUGGCUUUUUUUCAGGGUGGUGUCAAUCAACAGAUCAGUGGAUGGAACAAAACAGAAGUCAGCAGUGCUGGUGGACACUUUCAAAGUGCAGCUAAUCAGAGUUUUAUGCCAAACAAGCAGGAUGGAUCUGGUGAUUUCCAAGGCCAGACUGGUUUCUUCAAUAAGCAAAUAACUGGUUCUUCUAGUGUGGGGCAACCGUUGACCCAGGAUGACUUUGGUGAUUUCCAGAGUAAAGCAACUCCAUUCAGUGGUAACAUCACAACUGAUUUCAACCAAAAAUCCAGCCUGUCAAAAGAAGCUGAUUUUGGUAAUUUCGAGGCUGGAAUUAGCGAAACCAAGUCUGGUUUUAAUCCUUUGUCAGUUGCAGCAAAGCCCCAGGAAGAUGAUUUUGGUGAUUUCCAAAGUGGAAAAGAAUCUGACUCUGGCAGUGUGGAUGCUGCGUCAAUCACGGAGUCCAAACAGCCACAACUCCCACAAAAGACAGCCCAAAGUCUUGGAAACUUCCAAGUUGGAGGAGAACUGCAAACCAAAGCCAAGACAUCGGAACUUGCUGGUAUUAAUUUAUUUCCCAAUAAUAAUAAUUCCUCUACUACGAAAUCGAUUGCAAAUAUUGACAGUAACAACCUGACUGAAACCGAUGACUUUGGCGACUUUCAACACAGUCCUGGUCCAUCUGCUACGACUAGUGACAGUUCAACGAGUUUCAGUUCCGGUAGCUCUGAAAAGCUAGCUUCAUCCCUGGAGAAGUUUAAACUUUCCAGUCAUUCUCUUCUGUCCACGCAAGGAGGUGUAAAAAUUCCAAGCCAGCCAGAAAGUAAAAGUUUAAGCAAUGAAAAAGACUCAGGAGAUAAAAAGAAGCAGGAUUCCAAAGCACACCCAAGUAAUUUUGCAAGUUUUCCUGCAGUGUUGGGAACUGACCCAUCUCAAACUGCCAGUACAGCUACAACAUCUGAGGACAAAUACAGUGCUUUGAGAGACGCUGAUUUUGGUUCUGGAGGGGGACUAUUUAGUGUCCAGAGGCCAGUAACGACAACAGAAGAUCUUGCAGCAGAUGAUGACUUCGCUGACUUUGGAGGGUUUGAAGUAGCUGAUCAAUCCAAACCUGGAGAAGACAUUGACUUUGGAGCAUUCAAAUCUACAGAGAAUUUACAGAAUGUGUCCUUUGGUGUGUUCAGCGACUCCUCGCAAGCACAGCUACCAGCAUCAAACUCUUCUAAUGGCCCCUUGAAAGAUCACAAUCAGGAUUUUGGCGAUUUUAACACUUUUGGCAGCACACAUCUGUCAAACCCUCAACCCAAAAUAGAGAGCGGUGGUGAAUUUGGCGCGUUUGGAUCAUUUGUUACAGGAUCAGGAGGUGCACACAGCAGUCACCAACAUUCUACUACUGCUAGCGACUCUCUUAUUAAUUCAGUGUCUCUGGAGCCUACUGAGCGCUACAAAGUCCUAUCAAAUGAUUCUGCGGACAUGGAUCAACAUGCAAACGCUUGGAGCCGUUGCCUUAACAGUUGCCUUUUAACUUUAGCAACAGCUACGUUGGCCAUCCAGAAAAUGGGUGAGCAAUCUGUGAAGGACGAAGUCCUCGAAUCCAAGGAAGGAGCUACGUAUUUUUCAGCCAUAGUGGAAAUAUACAGAGUUACUCUAAGGAUAAGAGCAUCCUUCACUAAAUCAGCACCAAAUAAUACAAAACUCAAAGAUAUCCAACAAGAAAUAGAGAGCACAUGGAAGAACAUUGCAAAUUUUCUGUCUGGAUCAACUAUUUUGCCAUCACAGAGAAGUCUGGACUUCACGACACAUCACGUCUCAGCCACUGAAGAUGGUAGUGUAGCUUGCGGAAUUUGUCUGUUGAACGUCGACAAGAGUACACCAGGGCCAUCAAAACAGGCUGAUGGAAAACUCGUGUAUGGUGGCCGACAGUAUCACAGUACCUGCGCAAACUUCUGGUGUAACCGAGUGGACUCUGUGCUCCCUUCUCUGCUGCCAAUUGACAGUUUAAUAUAAUGAAAACUGAGUUAUCAGCAAAAGGUUUUGGCACUACAUAGCAUCAGUGCACAAUAAAAUAAGUUUGUAUACUUGCAUAAUAAGACAAAUGCGCCAGAAGGCUAUUUUUAUCGCCUGUGAAAUCACUCGUCUGUUACCUCUGACUUCACACACUGCAUAGUGAAAGAUGACAAGACAGAGUGAAGCAGGGAAGUGAAUGACAAAAGAUUUGCCAGAGAAUUGAAACAUUACUUAUUAAAAAUGUCUAAAAAACGUACACUGGCUAAAUAAAGUUAAGCCUAAUUUAGUUGAAAUGACUGCUCUAAUAUAAUACAAACUGUUUGAUUUGAUCAAUAAUAUAUAUUUGGGUAGAUACAAAUUACAAUAAUAGUUUAACCAUGAAUUUAUCAUUUGUUGUUGAACUUCUAUCCUCUAUCAAGAGUCCUUAGGACACUAAACAGACAAAAUGUCUCCAUUAUAAGUAAGGCAGCAGUACUAUCUCGUAGUAACUUCUGAUUACUUUUCCUUCCUUCACUCUUUGAGAUUUCAUUUUAUAUAUAGUUAUAUAUUUUCCUUAUGAUUACUAGUUAUUUCUUUAAAACGAUGAAAAGCAGAGCAAAACUGCAAAACUUGCUGGGAGGUAUUUUCAUGCUUUUUACUUAUUUUGUCGUCUGGCCUUUUUUGAAAUUGAUAAUGGUACGUGAACUAACAAUUUAACGCCAUCAAUUUUACCAUGUAGAGAGAUGUGCACCACUAAGUUUGAAUAAAAUUCUUGAGUGUGGCUUUCAGCCAUUUCGC